ACAUCUUAACGGAACUCAAUCCACGCUCCUCCCGUAACACAUACAACACAAAAUUCCAAAGAGCAAAUUGCACAUACGUUGCUCCAUUUCUACAUAUAGAAUCCGCAGUAUGACGAUUUAUGCUUAGCUACUACUCCAGCUCAAAUAUAAAUCAUCACAUCUCUCCCUGGUUUACUAUAUAUAGAUUACAAAUUUACAAUACAGCUUGUAUCAAUAUAAAUAUAUAUAUGUACAUGGCAUCAUCCGCGCCUUCGUUGCUUCACUGUUCUGCACAAUUUGAUCUCAGAGCUCCACAUCUUUCGAAUUCUUCAUCAUCGCCUUCAUCGUCUUCGUCGUGGCUUCAUAAUAAUCAUCGCUCGUUGAGCUGGAAUUUCUCCAAAAUUUCAGUUUGCAGGCAUAACAAUAUUCUUGAAACAACAAGGCUCAAGUGCUCAAGCUAUGACUAUGAGUCAAGGACCUGUUGUGUCACCACAAGGCUUUAAUCAUCUGAAUGAUGAACCUGAUCAUCUUCUCGUCCUUGUUCAUGGCAUCUUGGCGAGCCCAAGUGACUGGACAUAUGUAGAAGCGGAAUUGAAAAGGCGUUUAGGAAGAAAUUUUUUAAUCUAUGCAAGCUCAUGCAAUACAUACACAAAGACAUUUGGUGGAAUUGAUGGAGCUGGAAGAAGAUUAGCAGAUGAAGUCUUGCAAAUCGUGAAAAAGACAGAAAGCCUUAGAAAGAUCUCAUUUUUAGCUCAUUCCCUUGGUGGAUUAUUUGCAAGAUACGCUGUUGCUGUUCUUUAUACACCAGACAUCUCGAGUACUGAUCAUUCUGUUGAUAGUCCCUCUUCUAUCAAUGGAAAUUCAAAAACAGAAUGCUCUGUUGGUAGAGGUUUGAUUGCUGGACUAAAGCCAAUCAAUUUUAUCACCUUGGCAACACCUCAUCUUGGAGUGAGAGGAAAGAAUCAGCUUCCAUUUCUUCUGGGAGUACCAAUCUUGGAAAAAAUUGCUGCACCAGUUGCUGGUCUUUUUGUUGGCCGAACAGGUAGCCAACUCUUCUUAACUGAUGGUAAACCAAGCAGACCACCGCUUUUACUAAGGAUGGCAUCAGACUCUGAAGAAGGAAAUUUUAUAUCUGCACUUGGUGCAUUCAGAUGUCGGAUGAUCUACGCAAAUGUUACAUAUGAUCAUAUGGUUGGCUGGCGCACAUCUUCCAUAAGAAGGGAGAGUGAACUUGUGAAGCCUCCUCUCAGAUCUCUGGAUGGUUACAAACAUGUUGUAGAUGUGGAUUAUUGUCCUCCUGUUUCUUCUAAAAGUCCGCAAUUUCCUCCAGAAGCAGCAAAAGCGAAGGGAGCAGCACAAAUUUCACCCAGCACACAGAACACGGUUGAGUAUCAUGAAAUUGUGGAAGAGGAAAUGAUACGUGGCUUGCAGCAGUUGGGAUGGAGGAAAGUUGAUGUUAGCUUUCAUUCUUCGUUUUGGCCUUUCUUUGCCCAUAACAACAUUCAUGUGAAGAAUGAAUGGUUUUAUAAUGCUGGAGCUGGAGUUAUUGCUCAUGUUGCGGAUAGCCUGAAGCAACAAGAAAAGGAACACGAAUCUUUCUUACACAUAACAGCAAAUUUGUGAUUGGCAUCUUCAGUGAAAAAUCAUACAACUUGUACAUGGAAAUGGUAAAGAAAACAAUAAAAGGGGUGAAGUCAUAAAUUCCUAAAGUGUAAGUAACUAUAUAUCAUCAGUAUACGAAAAUAAGAGUUUACUACUUAACAGUGGAAACGUUCGGAAGGAAGAAUAUGCCGGUGGCUCAUGUUUUAUGGUGCUCAUAUCUUUAUUUGACUUUUAAUGAAAGGGAUGCCUGUACAAGUAAAUAAUGGAGAUGCAAUCGUAGCGAAUUAUGGAUGACGUUGAGAGGAAAAAGAACAAGCGAUCAAGCAAGCAAUCAGUAACAAAGCAAUCGAUAAUGGUAAGUAACAUUUGAAAACUUGUUCUAGGGGUGUAGUUUUAUUGACAAUCUGAGUAGCUGCUGAACCAGUUACAGAAUGGACUAGACAUUUUUAAAGUUGAUCUAUGUGACUUUUUACA